GUUAAAUCACAUCAUUUCAGAUUUCAGACCAACCCUCUCUCUCUCUCUCUCUCUCAUUCAAAAUUCUUCUUCUGACUUUUCCAUUACUCUUCCCUUCUCUCACUGCAUUUUUUAUUGGUUCUUUUCUUCUACCUUUUCACUUCCCUUGCACUCUUUCUCCUUUUAAAAUAUAUUUUUAUGCUGAAACACCCAUGUGCACUUGUUUUGUUUGCUUUCGUGAACUGCUUUGCUUGCUUGAGACUUGUGAACUGUGAACAAGAAGCUUAGCUACUACUAGCUAGUAAUAGCAGCAGCAUAGAGAGUAAAAAAGAGCUAGACUUGUUUUGUUCCAAACACCACUUUCAAUGACUAAAGAAGAAGACUUUAAGCUCCUUAAAAUCCAGACUUGUGUUCUCAAAGUGAACAUUCACUGUGAUGGUUGUAAGCAGAAAGUGAAGAAACUCCUUCAGAGAAUUGAAGGUGUUUACCAAGUUCAAAUAGAUGCAGAACAGCAGAAGGUAACAGUUUCAGGUAGUGUGGAUGCUGCAACUUUGAUCAAGAAACUAGUAAGAUCUGGAAAAUAUGCUGAGCUCUGGUCUCAGAAAACCAACAAUAAUCAGAAUCAAAAGCAGAAGAACAACAACAAUGUCAAAGAUGACAAGAACAGAGGACAAAAACAAGGACUGGUCAAAGGGCUUGAAGUCUUCAAAAAUCAGCAGAAAUUUCCUGCUUUUAGUUCUGAAGAGGAUGAUGAAUACUACGAAUAUGACGAGGACGAAGAGGAGGAGGAUGAAGAGAUGCGGUUCAUCAGGGAGAGAACUAAUCAUCUUCAGAUGCUAAAGCAAGCGAAUGAUGCAAACAAUGUGAAGAAAGGUAUUAUAGCUAAGAUGAACAAUGCUGGCAAUGGAAAUAGUGGCAAGAAAGGAAAUCCAAAUCAGAACAUGGUAAUGAAGGAAGGUGCUAAUGGGAUUGAUCAGAAAACAUUGGCAGCUAUGAAGUUGAACAAUGCUCAUUUGGUUGGUAAUGAAAGUCUCAACCUUGGAGAAUCCAAAAGGGCUAGCGACAUUGGUGCUAUGAUGAAUUUAGCUGGUUUUAAUGGGAACAAUAACAAUGGUGCUGGUAGUGCUACUGUUGUAGGUGGAAAUUCCAAUGGUUUAGGAGGUUUUCCUGCAGGAUCCACUGCAUCUAUUCCAAAUGGUGGUUUUGUUACUGGCCAGUAUCCACCAUCUAUGUUAAUGAACAUGAAUGGUUUCAAUAACCAUCCAUCUUCAUUGAUGAACAUGCAGGCAAGGCAUGCUAUGCAGCAACAGCCUCAGAUGAUGUAUCACAGGUCACCUUUUGUUCCUCCUAAUACUGGCUAUCAUUACAAUUAUAAUAACUACAUUCCUGCAAAUUACUCCUAUGCAAAUGCUUGUUAUCCAACGGAGGAUAACUCUGCAGCACACAUGUUCAGUGAUGACAAUACUACCAGCAGCUGUUCAAUAAUGUAAUGAUAGUGAUUGUAGAGUUAAAAAGUGAAGGAAAAAAAGAUGCAAAAUGGAUUGUGUUUGACCUAAGUCCCAUUUUCUAAGUUAGUAUAGUAGUUUGACUGUAAUUUGGUGGGACAGGUUUGUGUUAGGAUGUUGGAUGUGUUUGUUUGUUUGUGAAUCUUUAUCAGUAGUGUACUGUGUAGUAGUUGAGAUGAUGAUGUGGGCCUUUUUAAAAAUGUCUGUGGUUGUGUCUCAUGACUUGUGUUUCUUAUGUUGUUAAUCUUAAUGUGAUUCUAAUUAGUCA